ACUGCACUCCAGCCUGCACGACAGAGCAAGACUCUGUCUCAUGAAAAACAGAAAAAAGAAAACUUGUCUGUUGGCCUGCCCUGCCGGGUGGAGUUUAGAGAGAAGGUCAUCAGAGAGAAGGUCAGGAACCUGGUGCCAGCUCACAAAAAAACUCCAAAUACCAAAGGCCCCUUUUGCCUUUCAUUCUUGUAUUUUCUACACACUAAACUCACAUCUUGGGUUUGUAGAUUGCUCUCAGCUUGGCUGCAGCUGAGGUUCCCACCCUCAACCCCACCCCUUCCUUCCUGGAACUGAGCUAAGUCCCAGCCCUGACUCCAGAUCCCUCCCACAUUGAACCUUCAAAACCUUCAACUCCCCACACCGCACCCACACUCAGCCCCUGCAGGCCAGGAGAGCACGAGGCCAGGCUCCAGAGAGCUCAGGCUCUGGCCCCCAAUACCAGCUCAGUUGCUCAAUGUGCUGUAUUUGUCUUAGAGCCCAAGUGGACUGUGACCGGGCAAGUGGAUCACAGGCCUGGCUGACCUGGGAGGUUUCCACAUGAACAUGGAGCUGAACCAGUACACCACCCGCCGGCCUCUGGAGUAUGUGAAGGGGGUCCCACUCAUCAAGUACUUUGCAGACGCACUGGGGCCCCUGGAGAGCUUCCAAGCCCUACCUGAUGACCUGCUCAUCAACACCUACCCCAAGUCUGGCACUACCUGGGUGAGCCAAAUACUGGACAUGAUCUACCAGGGCGGUGACCUAGAGAAGUGUAACCGGGCUCCCAUCUACAUACGGGUGCCCUUCCUUGAGCUCAAUGAUCCAGGGGAUCCCUCAGGGCUGGAGACUCUGAAAGUCACACCAUCCCCACGCCUCAUCAAGUCACACCUACCCCUGGCCCUGCUCCCCCAGACUCUGUUGGAUCAGAAGAUCAAGGUGGUCUAUGUUGCCCGCAACCCAAAGGACGUGGCCGUCUCUUACUACCACUUCCACCGCAUGGAAAAGACACAUCCUGAGCCUGGGACCUGGGACAGCUUCCUGGAGAAGUUCAUGGCCGGAGAAGUGUCCAGCGGGGCCUGGUACCAGAGAGAGGUCAUUUCCUGAUGGUCCACACCUGAU